UACACACCAUGGUAUACGCCCGUUCGCCAGGAUACGUAGAACCGGAUCUAUAGGUCAUGAAUCGAAUGUGCUCCGAAAUCACCAUUCAGUGCGCUAAGGGGGCUCGUUAAGUUUUUGAGUGCUACCCUAACACUGUCAAGCAACAACGUGUAUACUGUUUCCGCUAAACGCUCUAUUCAAUGUGCAUGCUGUUUUAUUUAGGAGAACUUUCGUACGCUCAAGGAAACGGAUACCUUGUCCGUCAUCAGAGUGGCUCGUAGCGUACGCCUCCUUUGCGGUUCUGCGCCGCUAUUUAGCCUUUGCCGUCGGGAAUUAUUAAUAGAAAAACAUUUCUCUACUAAGCCGGCAGGGUAUCCACACGCAGACACUAAUUAAAAAAAGUACAGUCCAGUAGAAGGCUAGAACGAGGGCGAUCCUGUGGUGUUCGUUGUGGGCCUGUCACCUUGUUGUUCUCGACGGCCUGGUAGGACCUAUACCAUGGUUCAGUUAUGUUUACCAGCACUGCAAACGAAAGUCGAAACACGCUUCGGGUUACAGGGCCCGUGGAAAAGUGCAAGACUGUAAAAAAACGGUGGAAAGGGUCUGCCUUAGGUUUUUCCAUGCAUAUGGAUACUUGAAACCGUCAAAGGUGUUGACUUAAGAGAUUUGUUUCGAUUAGAUUUUAGUCAAUGACGCCACGCUAGUACAGCGCACACUCCUUGAAAGGUAUCCUUUGAGACUAAGGCAUGGAGAUAACGAUUUGGUUAAAAACAACGUGAAAAUGCGGCCGUCCUCAAGCUGGCCUCUCAUAGAGUAUCAUACGGAAAGAUAAGUAUUCCGUAUAUUGAAGUAGAAGUUAACGCGCGGCUGCAGUUGAUUCGAAUUUGGACUAAGCCUGUCAUUCGAGAUAAACGUUUUUUUUUAUCUUUAUCAUGACAGAUAAUUAGUUUGAGUCGGGUAGCUAAAAAGAAGGAAUCGAAACAACUAAUUUGUCAAUUGGCUUAUAGAGUGAAAGUACAGCGCUAGUAAUAUUCAUAUUGCAACUAUGUAACCUAGUGCCAUUGUGUAUGUGACAAUUACCACCACUAAGUGGCAGACCUUUGCAAAUCUUUGUGCAGCUGGAUCUUCCGCUGAAUGUAUUUGUAUUUGAGAUAUUCGUCUUCAUCAUUAUAUAUUCAAGUAUUAAUGAAAAUGUCUCUGAGCACUGAAACUACGGUUUAGAAGGCCUUCUUGUAUCUGAAGUCGUCAAGGGUCACCCGGAGUACGAGCCAUUAUGCAACCGUUAUUCUACGUAGUUGCGUUCGUAAUAACCGUCUAUACGUUGUUUCUGCUUAGUGCGAUUUGGUAUAAAUGGCAUUCAUGGCGUUAUCCGCUUCCGGAGACGGGUUUUAUCGGGGGUCCCCCUUCGAUGUUUGUACCAUUUUUCAGGGAAAUUUCAUUUCUCAUGCACUGCUUGCGGUAUCCCGAAAUUGACUUUCUAGCCCAUGUCUAUCGUGCUUUUGAAGGGUUGGAAACUAUGUAUAGGGAGAAAGGAGCAUUUCGAGUUUGGGUAGGCGCUCACCCAUUCGUAAUGCUAUCUGACCCUCAAGCAGCUGAAGUACUGCUCACUUCAAACAAACAUAUUGAAAAAGCACAAAGUUACGAACUACUUCAUCCAUGGCUUGGAACGGGACUUCUGACAAGUACUGGUCCGAAGUGGCGUUCCCGCCGUAAACUGCUGACUCCUGCGUUCCAUUUCGGCAUUCUGGAAGACUUCGUUGAGGUUUUCGACCGACAAAGCCAACUCCUCGGACAGCGCAUUGAAAGCGAAUUUGGAAGUGCGAGAAAGCCUUUCGACAUCUGCAACGAGGCAUCUUUAUGCACACUUGAUAUCAUCUGUGAAACAGCCAUGGGCGUCCAGCUGGAGGCUCAACGGGCGUCUCAGUCUGCCUACGUACAGGCUGUCCACAGCGUAGGAGCUUCUUUCAUUAAACGGAACACGAACCCUUGGCUACGGCCAGAAUUUUUGUUCCGAAUGACUUCGGAUGGAAAAGCUUUUUACAAAGCACUUGACGUGCUUCACAGCUUCACACGAAGAGUUAUCAACGAGCGUUAUAUAUCAUACAAGGCAGAUAUGUCAUCCCAGGAACAACAACAAACGGAGGUUGCUGGCAAAAGGAAGAAAAGAGCCUUCUUGGAUCUUUUAAUUGAAACACAUUACCAAAAUCCUAGAGCGUUGACGCUGGCUGAUAUUGCAGAGGAGGUUGACACGUUCAUGUUUGAGGGUCACGACACUACAGCUAUGGGCGUUUCUUGGUGCUUGUACCUUUUGGGUCAUCAUCCCAUAUGGCAACAGCGAAUCUUUGAGGAAAUUAUUGAGGUCAUGGGAACUGAUCUUUCAGCACCAAUUACAAGUAAACAUCUGCCAAGACUCAAGUACCUUGAGUGUGCGAUAAAGGAAUCUCAACGGCUUUACCCAUCUGUUCCAUUAAUUGGUCGUAGACUUCGACGGGAUCUGCCUUUACGCAAUCGCGUAAUUCCAGCCGGUUCGACGAUUUUAUUGCUUAUAAUGCAACUUCAUCGACAACCUGAAAUCUAUCCAUGGCCUGAGGAGUUCAUGCCAGAACGCUUUUAUCAAAAGAGUCAAAAUGAGAGCGCCCAAGACCACUCAGACCUUGCGAUUUCCCAUCCUUAUGCCUACGUGCCGUUCUCAGCAGGCCCGCGAAACUGCAUAGGACAGAGGUUUGCUUUAAUGGAGGAAAAAGUCGUUGUGGCAAACGUGCUGCGCCGAGUAGAGGUACGCUCAUUAACUCCACGAGAUGAGGUACAGGUCAGCAUUAAUCUCGUCACCAGAGCCGCUGGGGGACUGAAGAUGUGUGCGCGAUCCCGGCAGUAUGACAACACCAUAGACCACUCAAAGAAAAAAUCGGAAGUUUAAAUAUUAAUCUAUAUGGUAUUGAAGUGUACAACGCGAAGCAUUAUACACUUCAGUAGUCCUUUCGUUUCGAUCAUGCAUUAUAAUAGUACCCUGCAACUAACUUCUGUUUGAAUUGUUGCAAUAGGUGAGACGAAGAGACCAGGAUGAUCGCCUAUAGAAUUUGUCCAACAUUGAAAUAGGACUUACUUGGAGUGUUACAUACAGUUAGCUAUUUCGUGAUAGGUUGAUCUAAGACACUACUUUUCUUGCAAAAGGAAAAUUUAAUCUGUUGCCAUCAUGUCGUUUUGUUUUCGAUAGCCUAUCGAGCACCAACUUUUUCUAUCUGCAGAAUCAGUAGCCUAUCGGAGUAUUCACUGUGAAACCUGGAAACACUGAAAGUUUGGAGACAACAAAGUUGCCUGUCAUAAUGUUGAGACGUCAUUAUAAUUUGAGACACAUAUGAGAAAUACUUGCUCACAAUGAUUGAAUAACGUUAGCAUAAAUAAACUACAUUAGGAGCCGCCUA